AUAUAUAUGCGUAGGGAUUUCGCUGUGCAUUUUUAUUCAGGUCAUCUUUGGCAGAUAUUUUCAAACACAUAAAGAAUGUCGUCAAGAUCCUCCACUCCCACCACAAAGUACCCCAAGAUACCACCUAUCAUUACAAAUGAGGUUGACAGGCGUUUCCUUCAGGAUCUCAGUGAGUACAUUGACUAUGAGAUGGCCAGGAUCAAUACUGAAGAAGAUGAACAGCGCUAUAUCAUCUUUAAGACUGUUUUCAAUAGGAUUAUUGAACAUGUGAAGGCUUAUAAACCUCUGCUGACAGCAGUGAAGAAGGAGUAUGAGGACACCAUUGAGGUGAUCAAAUCAGGACAGAGAGAGGCUGUCUUUCUUCAUGGCAAACUCAAGGCUAUGGCCUCAGAACCUUCAACCAUCAGGAAUUACAAAAAAAGAGGAGAUGAAUUAGAGGAAAGGAUUGGUAUCAUUGAAAAAGAUAAUGACAGACUCCAAAAACAGCUGCUGAAUUUAAAAGCCAAACGUAAGGAACAUGAAGAAUUUGAAAGGCAGGUAACUGAGCCACCGAAACGAGAAUUCAGGAAGGAUCAUCGUUUGAUACCUGGGUUAACACUAGAGGAGUCUACAAAUGUGUCGUUGUUGUAUCGAGACUUAGAGAAGCUUGACCGUCAGCUGAAGGAACUAGAUAUCAGUUUAAGAACAAGAUAUGUAGAGAAAUCCUACAAGGUUGAGCUUAAAGAGAAGCUGGAUGAAAAGGUUCUUUAUAGAGAUCAACUUGCCCUCCAAGGUCAACUGUACCGAGCAAAGCAGCAUCGUCUAAAAAUAGCAGUAGAGGCUGCCCAGGCUUACAAUCGAGUGAAACCCCCACAUCAAACUGUGGGUGAUGCUGUUUUCUUUGCACUCUCACAUGCAGCUGGUCUGCAGAUUCAGGAAAAAGGUAACCGUCUGAAUUACAGAUAUAAUGCUGGUGUUGAUUUAACAGAGCUCGCCCCAGACCAGAACCAGGCAGAGGGAAGGGAAGGAUCAGCAGCUGCAGCAUCCAAAUCGUCCUUCGAUGAUGAUGAUCCAAAUAGGGAGAAGGAAGCGGAGAUGAUGCUGGAGUACAUAGAGAAAUUUAAUGAGCUUUUUGAGGAUGGAAAAUAUGAGGAGGCAGCCAUACACGCUGCUAACAGUCCUAAGGGAAUCCUAAGGACAUCUGCCACACUCGCCAAGUUCAGAGAUGUAAAGGUCCAGGUAAACGGUCGGUCACCACUCCUGGCUUUCAGCGAGGCAGUGAUGUCAUCUGUGGGGGCUAUUGGCAUGAAGCCUAAUGAUACACUGUCAUUGGAAUGUGUCGAGUGUGCCCUGGGUGAGAACAGACUUGACCUCUUGUCUCACUGGAUCUCACAGGAAAGACUGACUCUGUCAGAGGAUCUAGGGGAGCGAAUCAGUGCUCACUGUAAGUGUAAGGUGCCUUGUCGGUGCGGGAGUCAAGCUCUUGCCCAGAAUGUGUUCAGCAAGUUGCAGCUCCAUCGCCAGACUGUGGUGUGUCUGCUGAAACAGGGACGCAUUCAUGCUGGCAUGGACUAUGCUCGACACAAGAUGCCAUUCACACGUGAUCAGUUCAUGUCUGUUCUUCGGAUCUGUCCAUCUGUUCAACUGAUGCAUGCUCUUGUGGAAGAGGAUGGUGAUGGUAGCCGAGCCCUGCCAAUUGGUUUGGUGUUACUGGUAGUACUCGAGAAGAACCAGUAUAACCUAGUUCUGCCUUUCAUACAGGACCUACAGAAACGACCAUCAAUUGAUGAUCCACAGAUUAACCAAUUCCAGGCAGCAGUCUUAGAUGACUCCCAUACAACAUCUGUACAGUGGGACAGUCUGGUGGAGCUUUUCCAGGACCAAGGAUAUGAGGAUACUGCCAUGUGUCUCCUUGCUUCCAUAACCGUUCUCAAUGCCAUGAAGAGUGCUUUAUACACUCGACUUGGUGACAUCACACCACAAUCCCCAGAGACAGACUCACCACAGGCUGACUCUACAAAGGGGAUACCAAUUCCCCAAGGUGCCCCUUCCCUGGUGAUCCCACCUUCACAAGUGGCGCCUUCUAACCAAGGAUAUCCACAUGUGGAGAUAACCCCUCCAGAAACUCAGCCCCAGGAGGAACAAUCUCAGCAGGAGCCAGUAGAAGAGAACUCCGUAAAGAAUGAACCCUCGCAAUCUUAAGACAGUAUAAACUUUUGUCAAACAUAUGCUCAAAAAUUCUAAUUUAUGUAUAAAGAAGAGGUUAAAAUAUUG